UUCAAUGAUAUUGCUGUUUAGCUACAAUGGAGAAAGAUAAUUUCUUGUUGCCAGCUUGCGCAAUAUCAGAACUAGAUUACAAAAUGGCGGAAAUAAAAACGUUAGGAUGGAUCGACUAUCUGGUUAUAGCGGUGAUGUUGUGCAUUAGUACUGGAAUUGGUAUUUAUUACCGAUUUAGUGGAGGACGUCAAAAAACUGUGGAAGAGUAUUUCAUUGCAAAUCGAUCAAUGAGCAUAGUACCAGUCGCUAUCGCCAUGGUAGCCACCUUCCUAUCUGCCGUUACGAUGCUCGGUGUGUCCGCUGAGAUUUAUACAUACGGAACGCAAUUUGUUGUGAUAAGUCUAUCGCAUCUAUUGGGCAUUUUAAUUAUAUGUUAUGGAUUCUUGCCAGUAUUCUUCAAGCUGCAGGCAACAAGCGUCUACGAGUACUUAGAAAAGCGUUUCGGAGUAAGAGCUAGGAUGAUGGUUAGUUUUGUUUGUUGGGUUCAAAUGCUUUUGCAUUCAGGAAUAGUGCUUUAUGCUCCUUCUCUGGCCUUGGAGGCGACCACUGGAAUGUCCAAGACUGCCAGCAUCAUAAUUAUUGGUCUUGUAUGUGCUGUCUAUUCGAGUAUAGGCGGUAUUAAGGCUGUGCUAAUAACUGAUGUAUUUCAAAGUUUACUUAUGUUUGUCGCCGUGUUUAUAAUUAUUGGUACAGCCGCAAAUGAUGUCGGGGGAUUGGGGCAGAUCUGGGAAAUCGCGAGGCAAGGGCAACGGCUCGAAUUUGAUAGAAUUGAUUUGGAUCCAACAGUAAGACAUACAUGGUGUACACUUGCGUCAGAUGCACUCAGAGCAGAACAAUCAAAACUUGGAAGGAGUGAAGGCAAUGUAUUAUAUCUUACGCAAGAUAUUUCUACUCGGUGGAAUUCAACUCUUGAUAUACACAAAUUUGAAAAGCUGGCACCUAUUUUAGGAACCAUUUUGGCUAGUAAGGAUCAUAAAGAUGGUCCUCAAAUGUUGGCAGGAUCACAUCUUAAAGUAGUAUCUGAGAUUAUUCGCCUUCCAGAACCUUUUAAAGAAGCAACUCUUCAAAUAUCAAGCGAUAGCAAUGUUACUGCCAGCAUUGUUUUACCAUUGUGUCAUAAUGUACAUGAUACAUUAAAUGAGUUCAAGCCUAUCACUUAUUCAGCAAUGGAAUUAAAACAAAAUCUAUUGAAGGAGAUUGAAGCAAGAUUCAAGAGAGUGUACAAUUUUUCUAUUCUGCCUCAGGCAGAAGCUACGUUACAAUUGUACAAAGAAAUCAAAGAUGAAGCAAAACAACAAGACUUUUUCUUACCAUAA